CCUUGACCGGAUUAUCGGGAUUGCCCAUCACCAUCACAUGUGGCACACACACACACACCCCACAAAUAUCCACAGAUUCUGCUAUCGGAGCCUUUCCCUCAACCUCUCAGAUAUGACCACUACAGACAGUCCCGUCAUCCUCCUCACUGGUGCAUCUAGAGGUUUGGGACUCGCCAUCGCUCAGAUCUUGCUCGAAAAACAUAAUUGUCGUUUGGCAACUCUCAGUCGAUCCAAGCCCACUGCUCUGCAAGACCUCGAAGAUCGGUAUGGCGACAAGAUCUGCGUUCUUCAAGGAGAUAUCGGAAAGUCGCAAGAUGACGUAGCACUCGUACAAACCGCUAUUGACAAAUGGGGUAGAAUUGACGGUGUGAUUUUGAAUGGUGGGGCCGUAGAACCUCUAUGUAAACUGGCGGAUCUACCUCAAUCCAUUAUGCCCGAAUAUGUUCAGACGAACCUCCUCUCCAUAUUGUAUCUCAUACAACCUGCAUUGCCUUAUCUUCGGAUAUCAAAAGGAAAGAUCGUAAUGGUAUCUUCUGGAGCUGCCGUGAAGGGUAAUCAGACUUGGGGUUUGUAUUCGAUGGUCAAGGCGGGUAUGAAUAGUCUCUGUAGGACUUUGGGGAGCGAAGAGAAAGUCAAUGGAGUAGGAGUAUGGUCAGUAAGACCGGGUAUGGUUGAUACUGCUAUGCAGGGCAUUUUGAGGAAUGAAGGACCGAAAGUCAUGGACCCGGCGGAUGUGAAAAAGUUUCAGGAUGCUUACGAAAAUGGCGAGCUUCUGCAUCCAGAUAUACCUGGGGCGGCUAUCGCUCAACUUGUACUCUCAGGACCUAUGGACCUAAGCGGCGAGUUUCUGGAUUGGAACGAUCCUCGGAUAUCCAGUGUCAAUGCAGUAUAAAUCCCACAU